UGGCAUGAGAAUGGAGAAUUUGAUUUGCCUACAAUGAUCGAUUACAUUCUCAAUGAAACUCGGAGAGAGCAAUUAUAUUACGCUGGCCACUCUAUGGGGACAACUGCAUUCUUUGUGAUGGCGUCUGUUCGACCCGAGUACAACCGCAAGAUUCGGGUCAUGUGCGCCUUGUCAUCAGUAACCUUUAUGAAUCACAUGGAAAGCCCCAUAAUCAGGAAUAUAGCCUGGACUAAUCGCGGGGAUGAGUGGUUGUUAAAUGCUUUGGGAAUAUACGAAUUUCUGCCAAAUAAUGAAAUAAUUGAUGCUGCCACCAGGAAGGCAUGUCAAGACAAUGCACCAACGCAAGAAGUGUGCUCUAAUGUUAUGUUCCUAAUAGCAGGUUGGGACUCGCAACAACUUAAUAAGACACAACUUCCUGUUAUAUUGUCUCACUUUCCGGGAGGAGCCUCUACUAAACAAAUUCUACAUUAUGCUCAAGAAGUAGUUUCUGGACAAUUUCGACAAUGGGAUUACGGCGUAAUCUCUAAUACGUAUUUUUAUGGAAGCUCGAAACCACCAAAUUACAAUCUGACCAGAGUCACUGCCCCAGUAGCGAUUUUUUACAGUGACAACGAUUGGCUGUCCAAUAUUAUAGACGUGAAAAGGCUGCAAGCUCUACUAACGAGAUCUGUUGUGAGAAUGAUAAAAGUACCUUGGAAUAAAUUCAAUCACCUGGAUUACAUGUGGGCCAUAGAUGCUAAACGUCUCGUAUAUGACACUGUGAUACAAACAUUCAGAGAAUAUCCAUUAUGACGACUUUCAGCAAUCUAAAAUGCAAUAAAGAUCAUCUUUACCACUCAGUGCUUUUCUUCAGAGAAAUUGAAAGUGUGAGUAAGGCAUCAUUGAAAAGAUUCGUGAGGAGAAAAAUGACUGUCAGAGAGAAAACAUAAUUUUAAUAAACUAUUAUACGUAAUAAUAGUUGAAAUGUAAUGUAAUUUCCGCCAAUUCCAGAGCUAUUUACAAUUGUCAUCAAACGUGGAGUAAAAAACAAUGAAUUGCGGGACUGUAAUAUUUGUUUCUGCGUUAUACAAUUUUUUUCUCAUGUAGAUGCUAUUAAAACUAUUUAAUCUAAAUGUUAAUUUUAC